AUGCAGGAACAAAUCGUACAAGAUCUGUGGAAAGUGGCCCAGGGCAAAUGGGAAUCCGGUGUACUCCCCAGCAAAGACAGCUUAGCUCGGGCGCGGGCUUCUCUUCCUACGACACUGUCAGCUACCGGUACUAGCCUUGAAGCUGUUCAGCGGCACAUUUUGGAUGAUAUUGUCCCAGCAUUCAACGGAGGUAGUAUCAGUCCCAACUACUAUGGCUUCAUCACUGGUGGAGCCACGCCAGCUGCACUCUUCGCCGAUAAUGUGGUGUCUGCCUACGACCAAAACGUUCAAGUACAUCUCACCAACCACUCCAUCGUCACAGAUGUCGAGUUCAGCGCGCUAGGUCUUCUUGCGGAUCUUAUGCGACUAGAUCGAUCCAUGUGGCACAACGGCACCUUCACCACGGGUGCUACUGCAAGCAACAUCCUCGGCUUGGCAUGUGGCCGUGAAUAUGUUCUGCGCAAAGCCGCGGAGAGAAAGGGAGUCCAAGUGGACAGUGUCGGAGAGUUCGGUUUAUUCGAGGUAUUGCAUGCUCUAGGACUUUCUGGAGUCCAGGUGCUAUCGACCUUGCCUCAUUCAUCCCUGGUGAAAGCAGCCGGUAUCCUGGGUAUCGGCCGUGCCAAUGUACACAACGUAUGCUGUGCCGACAACCCGCUUCACUUUGAUAUCGAACAGCUAGAGAAGGAAUUAGCAAGAGCAGACAAAGUCAGUAUCGUGGCCGUCUCCUCUGGAGAAGUCAACACUGGCCGCUUUGCAACGACAAAGGAACAGUUGUUGCAGAUUCGCCAGUUGUGUGAUAAGUACGGGGCGUGGGUUCAUGCAGACGGGGCAUUUGGAGUAUUCGGUCGCAUCUUGGACGACAGCCCGGAGUUUGCAACGGUUAAAAAGGGAAGCGAGGGACUUGAACUAGUGGACUCGAUCACUGGAGACGGCCACAAACUCCUCAAUGUCCCUUACGACUGUGGAUUUUUCUUCUGUCGACACCCAGAACUGGCAGCCAGCGUCUUCCAGAAUGCCAAUGCUGCCUAUCUAGCAGCAGGAUCCUCGGAUGGGCCCGCAAUUCCGUCGCCGUUGAAUAUUGGAAUCGAGAAUUCUCGCCGCUUUAGGGCGUUGCCGGUCUACGCAUCUCUCCUCUCCUAUGGGAAGCAUGGAUACAGAGACAUGUUGCAGCGCCAGAUCCGCCUUGCUCGAGGGAUUAACGAGUGGAUCUUUGAUCACCCACAAUAUAAAGCGUUGCCAGAGGCAUCUUCCAAAUCAGAGCUUCUCGACCAGACCUUUAUGAGUGUCCUGUUCCGUGCCAAGGAUGAUAACCUGAACCGUGAGCUGUCAAAGAAGAUAAACGAUACCUCGAGAAUGUUUGUGUCUGGGACCAGCUGGGACGGUGCUCCCGCGACUCGGAUUGCAAUCUCGAAUUGGAGGGUUGAUGUUGAAAGAGACUUGGAGCUGGUGACUGGAGUUCUCGCUGAGGUAGCUCAACUCUAG